GAUAGAGAUCAAGAGAGCGAUGAUUGGUUUAAGCCCGUGACGCCAUCAGAGCGCGCGAUGCCUGGCUGCCUCUCGGAAAGCGGGAGCGUGACGUCACAGCGGGCGCGACAGAGAAGCCUCGGCGGCCGGUUUUCCUGAGGAGAAUGCUGCUCUGUGGCGUUUAUUGCACUCGAUUAGGGAUCGUUUCUCAGAAUCAAGGAGUUAGAAGUAAGCUUUCAGAUAAGUGAGGCCCCCAACAGUGCCAUUUUUCGACUCGGAAGGGGAAAAUGGAGCUGUCAGGAAUGAAAAAGAAGAGUUUGCUAGGCAUCAAAGAGAAUAAUAAAAAGUCCAGCACUAGGGCUCCCUCUCCAACCAAACGCAAGGACCGGAGUGAAGAAAAAUCCAAAGACAGGUCCAAGGACAAGCCAGCCACAAAGGAGUCCAGUGAGAAGGAUCGUGGGCGGGACAAAACCCGAAAAAGGCGCAGUGCUUCCAGUGGCAGCACUAGCACCAGGUCUCGGUCCAGUUCCACAUCCAGUUCGGGUUCCAGCUCCAGCACCGGCUCCAGCAGUGGGUCCAGCUCCUCUUCUGCAUCGAGCCGUUCUGGGAGCUCUAGCAGUUCCCGCAGCUCCAGUUCCAGCAGCUCUUCAGGCUCCCCGAGCCCUUCCAGGCGCAGGCAUGACAACAGGAGACGAUCCCGCUCGAAGUCUAAGCCACCCAAAAGAGAUGAAAAGGAGCGAAAGAGAAGAAGCCCAUCACCCAAACCCACCAAAGUAUAUAUAGGGAGACUGACUAGAAAUGUGACCAAGGACCACAUCAUGGAAAUAUUUUCCACUUACGGAAAAAUAAAAAUGAUCGAUAUGCCAGCUGACAGGCUCAAUUCACACCUCUCCAAGGGUUAUGCCUAUGUUGAAUUUGAGAAUCCCAACGAUGCGGAGAAGGCACUGAAGCACAUGGAUGGAGGACAGAUCGACGGCCAGGAGAUAACGGCCACGGCUAUUUUGACCCCUUGGCCGAGGCCCCCGCUCAGGCCCCCUCCCAGAAGGAUGUUGCCGCCGCCGCCAAUGUGGCGCCGCUCUCCGCCUCGCAUGAGAAGAAGGUCGAGGUCUCCACGGCGCCGAUCCCCCGUUCGCCGGCGGUCCAGGUCCAGGUCUCCCGGCCGAAGGCGGCACCGCAGUCGCUCCAGUUCGAAUUCUUCCCGGUGAAAGGCAGGACCUUGUCAGCUGCUGCUUCUUUCUAUUGUUCAUUCGUUCUUUCUUUUUUUUUCUUAUAAUUUUUGAAAAUAAAAGUGCAUCCUGUUUAAAAUUGAACCUUUAGUAAAUAAGGAAUGAAUGAAUGGGAGAGAGGGAAAACCGGGAAACGGGAAACUAGCGGAUGUUGGAUGUAGCAGGCAGCGAAGGAAGCUCGUUUUGUUGCGCAGAGUGAUUUUCAGGGGCCUUUGGUUCUGUUGAGAUGCUUUAUUCCAAAGGGAAGCCUCUCUUCCCACCCGUGGUUUGGAGACAGACGAAGCCGAAAACAUACAAGUAAAACUGAAAUGUAAGGGACACAUUUGGGAGUCGGAUUAAAUCCUUUCAAAGCGUGGUAAUGUCCCUUCUCCCAGAUUUUUUAAUACAAUGGCUUUUUUGUUUUCACCAAAAGCGGAUCUUGAUUUGUCUCUCAUGACAAACCUAACUAUGUAAACUUUGCAGACACAAAGAAGAGGGAAAGUGCUUGCUGUUGUUUUUCAAACGUGAAAACAGUUUUCUUGUAUAGUCUCCCUUUUGGUACAUGGUUCAUGAUAUUUCUCAUUUCGUCCGUAUGUAAAUACUUUAACAGAUGUGAAGCAAUUGGGCAGAAAGGUGACUUUACACCCUCUUUUCUCUGGAGGAGUGGUGGUGAUUGGAGACAAACUUAGCUUGCGUUUGCUUAGAACUGCGAGAUUUUCAGCCUAGUGUACAGUCAUUAUUAUGCUGUUUUGAUUUUUGUAUUACUUUGUAGCAUCUUGUAAUCGGUUUGUGUUUGUACCUUAGGGUGGUAACAUUAAAUAAACCAGCGUGUGGUUUGGAAUA